AUGGGGUUGUUCGAUGUAGCCGAGUUUCGGAGUAGGCUCAGAGGCAUUUAUUGGUUCUAUAACGACCCAAAGCUGACCAUCCCGGGAAAUGCAUCCCGCUCUAGCUUUACAUUGAAAAUUUUCUGCUUUACAUUUUUUGCGUAUUACAAUUUUGGGUAUUCUGCUGCAAGCGAGGUAAUCUGCUUUGCAUUGGUUGUCCUUUUAUCAGACUAUUGCAAGCGGGGAGAUAUGGGCAUGGUUGAAGCUCUAUUGAACGAGAUGAAAUCUACUGGAAUAGAGCCAGAUAAUCCCCAUGGAAUCGUCGAACUUAGAUUUCAAAGAAUCAGCAAGAAUGGAUACAACCUUAGUCCGAAUGGGCUGUGGACCAUUGGUUUUGAUAUAGUAAUUUCUGGUUCAUUCGGUGCUCAUUGCUGGCCUUUUUCUUCUUCAGUCUUCUGGUAUGUGAGUGCAUGUACCGUUAAGUGUAGUUUAAGCUUGGCUCUAGUUGGUACCGAUGAACUCCUAGUUGUUGUUUUGUGGUGCCAACCUUCCUAUGAUAUAACAGUUGUUAAUAUCCGUGUUGGGCUAGACAAGCACCCGAGCACCCUGAUUUUCGUCAAGGCCACUCUGUGUUUCGAUAAUGAUGUUUGCUGGAGACGGCUUCUUUACGAUAUUCAGUCUAAAUUAUUGUGGAUAAAAUUAUUGGUG